UUUUUAGGAUCCGGCAACGCCGUACCAUAACACAUUCACAUUUUUUUGCACAAUUUGUUUAAUUAUUUCAAUUAUUAAGAACAAAUACACGGGUAUCAAAUACCAUUAAACACCAGCCACAGCAUCUCAAUGUCGGAUUAGAUGGGCCCAACAAUGGCGGCCAUCGAGUUAGCAUUCGACGAGACGGCACCCACUUUUACCUGCAAGCGUUGCGACCGCACCUUCAAGACCAAACGCGACCAGACGCUGCAUCGUCAGGAAGCGCACAAUCACAAUAAAACGACAUAUGAAUGCAAAUUGUGCUCGAAAAGUUUUUGCAAUUCGGGCAAUUUGGAUCGUCACAUGAAGGUCCACAACGAUGUGCGUCCAUUCGUGUGCAAUAUAUGCUCGAAGGCCUUUGCCCAGGCGGUAAACUUGCAAAGACACUAUGCUGUCCAUAGUGGGGAGCGGCCAUUCACAUGCAAUUUCUGCAAUAAAUCCUUCACCCAGCAGAGCAACAUGAAACGCCACAAAAUGACACAUACGGGGGAGAAGCCGUUCCGUUGUCAACGAUGUGGUCGCUAUUUCUCACAACUGGUUAACCUCAAGAAACACAAGCUGGGCCAUCUCAAUGCCAAGCCCUAUCAGUGUAAUUACUGUGAGAAGGGUUUCACCCAAUUGUCCAAUUUUAAGCGUCAUCUGCAAUCGCAUAUCAAAGAGGGUGUAGAUGUCGAUGUGCCAGGAUCCAUACAGGCGGCAGCAGCAUUGGCGAGAGAGAGGCUGGAGGCAGAGCAGAAACCAAGCUUUUUCGAGUGUAUGGCUUGUCGUGCCAUAUUUGAUACCUUUGCCGAUUAUGAGAAACAUGAGAGCAAAUGCCAUGAGGAUCAUGAGAGGGCACAAUUGGAGGUUAAUCAAAUGUCUCAUAUGCAUCCCGAUGAUUAUUUACCUAUGAAGUUCUCGGUACCCGAUCUGGAUACCCAUGAGAUCAUAAUUGAGACUACACAUUAGACACAAACACACAUACUUACGUAUACGUAAACGUACACACACAAACACACAUGCAACACCUACACAUACAAAUAUUAGAAGCAAGAUUGUGAAAGAAAAUUGCAUUGAUAUACAUAUAUAUAUAUAUAUAUAAAAAGGAAAAAACUAUAAAUAUAUAUGUACGGUAUAUAUAAUAUAAUAUGCAGGCCAACUUAGUUAUCCCAUUGAAAUAAUAACAAAUAAAAUGCAGUCUAUAACAAGAAAA